UUAAUGACUGCUGCGAUCAAAGUGAUUGAUACUACCCUCCGAGAUGACUUUGGAUUUAACCACAUUCUAUGGGUAUUUAGUGGUCGACGUGGUGUUCAUUGUUGGGUCUGUGAUGGCAAAGCAAGAAGGUUGUCUAAUGAACAGCGAGCUGCCAUUGCUGACUAUUUCCAUUUAUAUCAGGGUAAUGAAAAUAGUCGCAAGAAAAUUUCUCUAACGGGUCCGGUUCUUCAUCCAUUUCUCGCGAGAUCAUACAUAGAAGUUCUCAAGGAUUGUUUUGAAUCAAAAUUGCUUUGUAGUCAAAAGAUUUUCUCAACUGAGGAGAGAUAUGAGAAAAUAUUAGAUAUGAUUCAUGAUGAAUCCAUUACCUCAGAGCUUCGUGGAAGGUGGCAAGAUAAUAGGCGACCUUCUAAAAAUGAUGUUAAUUUAGUAAGAUGGGAGCAACUAAAGAAUAUGUUGCAAUCAGGGAAACAUAAGUCACAAGGAAUGCGUCGGCAUGUUGAAGAGAUCGUUUUCUCUUUUACCUACCCUAGGCUUGACUUGGAGGUUACUAAACACAUGAACCAUCUGCUAAAAGCACCAUUCUGUGUUCAUCCCAAAACAGGUCGUAUCUGUGUCCCGAUCGACCCUGAACACUGUGAUGAGUUUGAUCCUACUACCGUGCCAACUGUUGCCCAGCUCCUAGAAGAACUUAAUGCAGCAGAUAUGGAAGUAGAUAGUGAGACUGACUGGGAUAGAACCUCUCUUGGGGAGUCGAUUAGGUUUUUCAGAUCGGCAUUCUUACAGCCAUUACUGAAAUCAUGCAAGGAGGAGAUAGAAUCUUCAUACAAUGCUAAAGUUCAACAGUCGAAGAAUCCUCUGAGUUGGUAGAGAGCUAUAUUAAGUAAGCACACCCUUUUUUAGCUUCUAGAAGUGUUCCAUACUUUUCUGCAAAAUCUUAAAACUGCAGUGUAAAUAUAACCAGAGGUAACUUAAUUAUGUUGAAAGGAUCGCUCUGUAUAUGUAAUGUUUGGCUAAUUUACUGACAUGAGGCUAAAAGACUUGACAGAUUAUUUUCAUUACGAUUAUAGUUAGCUGGGGAACUGAUGCUUGUUUCUUUGGGUGUUCUGAUGAUAUACAUUUGAUGGUUUAAGGCU